AUGGAGCAGGUGAUUCCCAAAGUGCCUGAGAGGCCAAGGAGAAGAAUUACUCGUUCAGAAGAGCCUGAGCAGUUGCGUUCGGAGUCAGAAUUUGAGAGAGAGAAGAGUGGAUCAAAGGAUUCCGAGUUGGACUUGCCUCCGGUGCCAAAAACCAGACCUAAUAGGAAACCUCUGGCGAGUAGCAGUGCACACGCUAGUUCAGAUGAUGUUUCAGUGAAGCCAGAGCCACAAAUUCAGGCUCAAUUGCAGCCAGAGGCCGUUAUUGAAACUGAACCCACCGUAGAACAUCCGAUUGUUGACGAACUGGAAGCGAAACUACCUGUAGAACAACCAGUUUUAGACGAGGUAGAACUGGACGAGCCUGUAACACAAGAAGUAGAACCAUCUGGGGAGUUAUUACCGGAGGAAUCCACGAUCAAGGAAUCUCUAGAAGAGCAGAUUAUUGACGAUUUUGCGGAUGAGCCAGUAGAAGAGGAGUGCAAAGAAGUUGCAUCUCCGGAACUAAUCGGUGAUGAAGCGAUUCAAGACGAGGAGCUUGAAAAACCAGUUAAGGAAGAGCCAAUUAUUCAAACGGACGAUAAGACACUUGCGGAAGCGAUUGUGCCCUCCGUGUGUGAAGAGUCUGAGGCAGACAUUGCUGAAGAACCCAAGGAAACACCCGAGGAUGCUUCAGAGGCAGUUGUAGAGGCAGCUCGAGAAGAAUCUUCAGAGGUAUCUCCAGAGGCAUCUCCAGAGGUACCUCCAGAGAAAACGCAAGUUAGUGUUGACCAGUUGUCAUCCACUGCGAAUCUCACCGAAGGUGCCAAGGAGGCACCCAAGGAAGAACAAAAGGAAACCUCAGAAGCAACAUCAGAGGAAACUCCAGAGGAUUCCUCGGUAAAUGCCAAGCCUUUAUUCAAAGAGGUGACCCCGGGCAAUGUUUCAUCUAAAGAGGCGAUCCCAAGUAACACGUCACCAAAAGAAGGCUCUCCAGCUACUCAAAAGAAGAAACAAGGAAAAUCUCCACCUGUACCAAAGAAACCUUCCUCUAAGAUUGCAGCUUUCCAACAAAUGUUCCAAAAUCAACAACUCCAACCGGAACACACUCCUAGCCCUAAGGAGCCAGCUGCUCCUAAGACUGGUGGAUUCUCCGGAAACAGAGCUCAAUUUGCUCAGAAUUUGAAUGGGAUGAUUGCUCUACCUGGAAUGGCGCAACUGACCCCAGCUUUAGCUAAAAGAUUAGGUGUUUCCACAUCGUCAGAUGAUGCCGAAACUGGCGCUGAAGUUGAAACUAAGAAUACAAAAGAUGAGGCUGAAUUACCUAAGGUCCCAGCCCGUUCUAAGAAGACCAGAGGACCACAUAAACGUCUACCAAAAACUGUUGCCUCAAUUGAAAAAGUGGAAACGAAAUCCACGUCUAAUAUAUCUGUCGUAAAGGCAUGGACUAUAUCUUUCAAGCCCGACUUGCCGGAACGGGCUGAUGAUCAACCAAUGGAGGCAGAAUUGACUGCAGGGGAAGCAAUUGCGCCAUCUGAACCAGCUGGCCUUGAAGAUGUUGAAGCAGAAGAUCUGAACGAAGCCUCACCAGAAGAACCUCUGCAAAUAAUUUCUGAGUCUGGAAACAGCGAUGAGUCUGAAAUACAGCAUACUUCAGAUCCGUCCAUUGCACAGAAUGUGGAACAUGAAGAAGAAGUACAUGAGGAAGCAGAAGCAGCGCCUGAAGCAGAGCCUGAAGCAGAAGAAAUCGCUUUGGAUACGGAAGAAUCGAAUCCUACGGCUUUUAUCGCUGAAACUUAUGAUGAAGAUACCGAAGUAGAAACUCCCACAGCUUGA